AUGCGGGCCGUGUACCUGCUGCGCUCCGCCGCCGCCGCCCGCGGCCCGGCCCGGCCCGGGACCUACGUGGGGUUCACGGUGGAUCCGCGGCGGCGGCUGCGGCAGCACAACGGCGGCAGGAGGGAAAUGGAACUUUUCGUCCACGGCUUCCCCUCCGACGUCGCCGCCCUCAGGUUUGAGUGGGCGUGGCAGCACCCAAGCUCCUCCCACCGUCUCUUCGCGCCGCCCGUGCGCCGCCCCCGGGAGCAGCCAAUCGGCUUCGCCCUCCGCGUCCUGCCCCGCCUCCUCCGGGCCCCGCCCUGGUCCCGCCUCCCACUUAAAAUCCGCUGGCUCCGCCCCCCUCGCCCCGCCCUGGAGCUGGCCCCGCCCCCUCACGUGGUGGAGGAGGAGGGGGCGGGGCCACCGCGCCUUAAAAGGAGAAAGGGGCGGAGUCAAGAAACGGCCGCGGCCGCCGAUGGGUGUGGCCUCUGUGGGGAGGACCUGGCCACGCCCCUUCUGCGCUGUCCCCGCCCCCCGUGCUCCAUGGCCGCCCAUCCCCCCUGCCUGGCCCGGCUGUUCCUGGCGCCGGAGCCGCGGCAGCUGCUGCCAAUCACGGGCGCCUGUCCCCGGUGCCACGCCCAGCUCCUCUGGGGGGAUCUGAUUCGUCGCUGUAAGGGGGAGGCGGAGCCUGAAGAGGAGUGGGAGGAGCCCGAUGACAUCAUCAUCCCCAGCUCCGCCCCCACAUGAAGCCACACCCACACAAGAGGUUUUUUAAUUAAUUUAUUUAUAAUAAAAUCAGUUCAUUCAUAACAAGUUAUUCAUCAUUAAUUUAAAAGGGCGGGGCCCAUUAGGCCACACCCCCAUGGCGCCAUUUCCCCUUUUGUCCCUCCCCCUUUUUGGCGCCACUUUGAGAGGUUUUAUUCCCAAUUUUUGGGAAUUUUUGGCCCCUCCCUCUCCCAAAUUUUGGGAAGUUUUCCCCAGUUUCAAC